GGGGUGAGCGGGGGCGGGCGAGGCACCAGCGCGCCGGGGCCGCGGCGCUGCGCGAUGCUGCUGCCGGCGGCGCGGCGCUGAGCCCGGCCCGGUGCGGGGCGGUGCGGGCACCGAGCGCGGCGGCGGCGGCGGCGGGGGGCGGCGGCCGCGCCCCCGGCGCGGAGACAAAGCCGGGGCCGAGCGCUGGAGGCGAGCGGCGGGGCCGGCCCCGCGGCGCGGACAGGCGGGAGCCCGGGACCAUGGGGAGCAGCAAGAGCAAGCCCAAAGAUCCCAGCCAGCGCCGGCGCAGCCUGGAGCCCACGGAGAACACCCACCAUGGGGGCUACCCAGCCUCGCAGACCCCCAGCAAGGCGGCUGCUCCCGACGCCCACCGCACGCCCAGCCGCUCCUUCGGGACCAUGGCUGCUGAGCCCAAGCUCUUUGGAGGCUUCAACUCCUCUGACACGGUCACCUCUCCGCAGCGCGCCGGGGCGCUGGCUGGGGGAGUCACCACCUUCGUAGCCCUCUACGACUACGAGUCCCGGACGGAAACGGACUUGUCCUUCAAGAAAGGAGAGCGCCUGCAAAUCGUCAACAACACGGAAGGUGACUGGUGGCUGGCUCAUUCCCUCACUACAGGACAGACGGGCUACAUCCCCAGUAACUAUGUCGCGCCCUCAGACUCCAUCCAGGCCGAAGAGUGGUAUUUUGGGAAGAUCACUCGGCGGGAGUCUGAGCGGCUGCUGCUCAACCCCGAAAACCCCCGAGGGACCUUCCUGGUCCGGGAGAGCGAGACCACGAAAGGUGCCUAUUGCCUCUCUGUGUCCGACUUUGACAAUGCCAAGGGGCUCAACGUGAAGCACUACAAGAUCCGCAAGCUGGACAGUGGCGGCUUCUACAUCACCUCCCGCACCCAGUUCAACAGCCUGCAGCAGCUGGUGGCCUACUACUCCAAACAUGCUGAUGGCUUGUGCCACCGUCUCACCAACAUCUGCCCCACGUCCAAGCCCCAGACCCAAGGCCUUGCCAAGGAUGCCUGGGAGAUCCCUCGGGAAUCGCUGCGGCUGGAGGUCAAGCUGGGACAGGGCUGCUUUGGAGAGGUGUGGAUGGGGACCUGGAAUGGCACCACCCGGGUGGCCAUCAAGACACUGAAGCCUGGCACCAUGUCCCCAGAGGCCUUCCUGCAGGAAGCCCAGGUCAUGAAGAAGCUCCGACACGAGAAGCUGGUUCAGCUCUACGCUGUGGUGUCAGAGGAGCCCAUUUACAUCGUCACCGAGUACAUGAGCAAGGGGAGCCUCUUAGACUUCCUGAAGGGUGAGAUGGGCAAGUACCUGCGGCUGCCCCAGCUUGUGGAUAUGGCUGCUCAGAUCGCCUCUGGCAUGGCCUAUGUGGAGCGGAUGAACUACGUCCACCGGGACCUACGGGCAGCCAACAUCCUGGUGGGGGAGAACCUGGUGUGCAAAGUGGCUGAUUUUGGCUUGGCACGACUCAUCGAGGACAACGAGUACACGGCUCGGCAAGGUGCAAAGUUCCCCAUCAAGUGGACGGCCCCCGAAGCAGCUCUGUACGGCAGGUUUACCAUCAAGUCAGAUGUCUGGUCCUUUGGCAUCCUCUUGACCGAGCUGACCACCAAGGGCAGAGUGCCAUACCCAGGGAUGGUGAACCGGGAGGUGCUGGACCAGGUGGAGCGAGGAUACCGCAUGCCCUGCCCGCCCGAGUGCCCCGAGUCCCUGCACGACCUCAUGUGCCAGUGCUGGAGGAAGGACCCGGAGGAGAGACCCACCUUCGAGUACCUGCAGGCUUUCCUGGAGGACUACUUCACCUCGACAGAGCCCCAGUACCAGCCUGGAGAGAACCUAUAGACACGGGGCUCCUCCUGGCACCAGGGACACUGCUGUCCUCACUGUGGGGCGCUGAGGGUUGGCCUCCCCCCCGAGGGGCUGUGUUUGUGGAGCAGCCCUGGAGCAGGACAGGGCAUUAUCUCCAGAUGCAGCCAGGGGAGUGCUGGGUUCCCCCAUCGCUCAUUAAGACUUCUGGCCCGUGUUUAACGAAGCGGAGCUGUUCUGCUGGCGAGAGGAGCCUGUGGGCACCGACAGAGCCAGCUCAGGAGGGCAAGCAGAGCAUGUCCUGCCAAGAGACUUGGGUUUUGGGAGACUUUUCCCCCCACAGCUCUGGGCUGAGCCAGGAGGAAAUGGGGCACAGCAUCACCCCACCUCAGACACACGGUCCCAGUCUCCUGCAACCCCUUUCUAAAUCAGCACAAACUUCCCUGCCCCUUCACCCUCCCCAUCUCCCUCUUGGCUCUGGCUCUCCCGAGGGUGCUGGCAGAGAUGUUUUGCCACAGGGAUGUCACAAUUCCAGGCUGGCUUGAAUGGGGUGAUGUGCCAGGGUGCCUGUGGCAGCGUGGGAUGACAGCAGAACUCUGGUGGUCGCUCUGACCUCACCAUGACCUUAACGGCUGAUGGGUUCUGGGGCUCUGAAAUGUGACAGCUCCAGGCUCUGAUGACCAACACUGUCCCAUUGGAGCACCUGGACACAAGAUCAAAUCUUCCAGCUAUGUCUGUUCCCUCAAGGGACACCUCUCACCUCUCUGGGGAGCAGGACUGGGGAUGCCAGCAGAGCCCUCACCCUGCUGCCCUUUCUCCCACCAAAUGCUCCAGGUCUUCCAGCCAGAUCCUUGGGAAGUACCCCCCAGCCACCCUCCCCAGCUCUGCCAGCAGCUUUCCCACCAGCUGAGUCCCCUGGGCUGGCCCUGCCACCAAAUCCAGUGCCACUGUGGUGCUUGGGUGCAUGGCCCAUGUAGCUGUUCCAGGUGUGGGAAUGUUUUGGAGGAAGUACUCGACUUUGACAGAUGGUUUUGUCCACCUGGUAUGUUUUUAGCUGCCUUCCCUCUACCCACUGUGUCUCAGCUUCCAGGCAGCAGUCCCCAUGCAGCAACCCCAGCCACAUACCCCUAUCUGGAAGUGCUGUGCCAUGUUUGCAUCCUCAUCUUCCCUCUGCUCUCUCCCAAAGGCCUCAGCCGUGUCUCAGCUGUGAGUGGCUAUUCCUGCCCAGCCUUGUCCCACACACAUCCCGUGGGGCUGAUCCCUGGCAUCGGCAAGGCAAUGCUCAUUCCUUGCCCUCUCCCACCCAGCACCUGCUUGUACAUAACCCUUGAGUGAUCCCUGCACAUCCCAGACCUUGACUUCAUUGCAUGUGUGUCAGUUUUCCCUUUCCUGUGGCUGUACCCAGCUGGAAACUUUUCACCAUGGUGGUUCACAAAGCUUCACUCCUUCCCCUCCUGGGUCCCAGAGACCCUUGCUCAGAAGGACCUGGGGGUCUUUGAAUGCUCUCUUGGAGCUCGGUCGGUUGGGGGCUUGGGGGAUGCCGUGGGGCAAGGCUGCUGGAGGGAAGGACCCGGAGAGGAGAGCCAGUGGCUGUGCCCUCCUCUCAGUCCUCAGGCAAUGGGCUUUCUGUGCCUCUCCAUCACCUUUGGGAUGGUGUUUGCCUCUGGCACAGCCUCCUUGCAGGCAGCAGGACAAACUCACCCCUCACCAGCCCCUGCCGUGGUGCCAGUGUCCUACAAAAGCUGGAUGGGAGCCAAGCAUGGGCAGGAGGUGGCCAAAACCCCUGGCCCAGAUCUCCACCAGAGCAGGAUCCAGGCAAGCCACUGCCUCUCACUCACUCACUCACUCACUCACUCACUCACUCACUCACUCACUCCCACAGUGCCCUGGUGAGGUUUGACCCAGCCACUUAUUUAUGAACCAAGUACAUGGUUGGUUGGUUGGUGGCUGCUUUUUUAAUGAGUAAAACAUUUGAAAUCAGUUUGAACAGGCUCUUCAGCAGUAUGGAGAGAUCAUGCUGGCUUGAAGAGCAGCAGCUGGUUUAAAUGGAUUUUUUUUUAAUCAUUUUAGGAGUUGGAGCCUUUUCUACCCCCCCGCCCUUCCUAGCAGGUUUGCUGUGUUGGCAUUUCUGCGUUUGGGCAGGGACUCCCCAAUCCUCAGUGUUCUGAGUCUUCCCAUGUUUGCAGCCUUUAAGGAUGAGCAGCUGCCACAAAUGCCCUGUACCUUGGUAGCUGUUCCAAGGGGUGGCUUGUGCCAUAGCUCUGCCUGAAUUACACAAAUCCCUAUCCCUGGGAGAAACCUUUUACAAAUGUAGCAUGUGGAAGCCAGAUUCGGUCUGGAAGCUGGGGAGAGAGAAGGCAGGCACACGUGUUAAGGUUUGGACUUUGGCUGUCUGUGGCACGUGCAGGGUCUUGGGUGCAGCAGGACAGAAAGGGAUUUACCUGGCGAGUGCAGCCUCUGGGUCCUUCCAGAAGGCAGCAGGUGCAAGGAGCACCCAGGGAUGGCUUAAUUCCCCAAGGCUUUCAGCAUGAUCUGGCGAAGGAGAUGUGCUGGGGACACUUCAGGGCAGAAGGCAGUCAGGCAAUCCCAGAGAAGCCCUCGUCCAUUGGGGCUGUGUGUCCACAUGUCUGUGUGUCCAUCCGUGUUUCUGUGCAGCGCUUUGGUGGGACCCAGCCAGACUCACCACCACAGCCAGCGUGACCUGGAGGCCCUGGGAAUGCAGAGCUUCCCCUCCAUCAUCAUUCUGUCUGCCAAUUUACUUUUUCAGCCAAUAAACUCAGAGGGGAGCCCCUGCCUAAGGAUGCUCUUUGGCUUCCUGGGGUCCAUAAAACUCUACAAGUCAUUCUCCUCUGCUGUUACAAUUUUUUUACACAGUCUUUUGUAAGAUCUCCAACUGACUAUGCAGAGAACGUGUGGAUCUGUGUCUCUCUCCUCAGCUCCCCUCACUUGCCUUUUUCAGUGUCUAAGUAAAAUAUUUAGCUUUUUUUUUUCUUUUUUGAUAGUAAUAAAACUUCAGAAAAAACCUGAAAAGGUCCAGCUUUGUGGGUGGUGGGGGGUUGGAGAUGCUUUGAAACUCUAAUGUUGAUGUAAAUACUUUGCUAUUUGAUAAUUAAAUACAAACAGACCUCACAAAACAAAA